AUGGCAAGAGGAAAGGGAAAUAAAGGGAAAGGAAAUACCAAACAGGGUCAACCAGCACCGACAAAAGUAAAUACAAGUGAUGAUAGAGGUGAUGAGGUGAAAAAUUUAAAGAGCCUGAAUCAAAGUUUACUCAUUACAAUCACCAGUGAAAGAAAACAAAUAGAUGAGUUGAAAAAUGCAUUGCAAAUGAGUGAUGACGCCUCUAAGAAGUUACUUGUGGAAGCCAGAAGUCUGUGGGAUUCUUGUGAGGAAGCCAUGAAAAGCACAAUUGAAGAGCUAAAGAAUGAGCUUAGUCAAACAAGAAUAUUGAAUGACAGUCAUGAAAAAAUAUGCACUCAAUUAACUCAAGAAAAAAAUGAGCUGGAAAAUAAGUUGAAAGAAUGCAAUGAUGAGAGUAAAGAAUUACAAUCUCUCAAAAAUGAGCUUAAUCAAACAAGAAUAUUGAGCUCGAGUCACGAAAACUUAUGUACUCAAUUGGCACAAGAAAAAGAUGAGCUGGAAAAUAAGUUGAAAGAAUGCAAGAAUGAGAUUCAGGGAUUACAAUCGCUGAAAAAUGAGCUCAAUCAAACAAGAAUAUUGUGUGAGAAUUAUGAAAAUUUAUGCUCUCAAUUAGAACAGGAAAAAAAUAUGUUAGAAAAUAAGGUGAAGGAAUGCAACGAUAUGAUUGAGGAACUACGAGGAAAUAUGAAUGAAGAUAUAUGCUUAUCGGAUAUGCAAACAGAAAUUGUAAAGCUACAAAAUAAGCUUGACUCUGUAAUUAAUGAAAAAAAAGUGUUGAACCAUAAACACGAGGAAUUGUGCGCCAAACACAGAAAUGAUAAAAAUGAGUUGAGAAAAUGCAAUGAAGGGGCUAAGAAAUUGAAAGCAAAGAUGGUCGAGGAUCAGAAAUUGUGGGAUUCUUGUAGAGUAAAUUUAGAAGGAAAAAUUACAGAGCAGCAAAAUGAGAUUGAUGAAGCUAGAAAAUUGAGCAAGAAACAUGAAGACUUGUGCAGUCAGUUAAUGCAAGAGAAAAUUAAAAUGGAAGAAGAUUUGAAAAAAAUAAAUGAUAGUUCUAAGAAAUUGAAUGCAAAGAUGACUGAAGAUGAGAAGAUGUGGGAUUUUUGUAUGAAAAAUUUGGAAGGCAGGGCUGUAGGGCUGCAAAAUCAGCUUAACGAAAUUCAAGUAUUGAGCCAAGGACAUGAAGAAAUGUGCACAAAGCUAAGACAAGAAAAAAAUGAUUUGGAAAACAAGUUGAAAGAGUUUAAUGAUAUAAAUAAGGAAUUAGAAAACAAAAUUAUUGAAUUUGAUGCUUGUAAGGUAGAGUUGAAAGGAAGAGUUGCAGAGUUGCAAGAUGAGCUUAAUGAAACAAGAAACUUAUGCCAGGAAAAUGAAAAUUUGAGCACAGAAUUAAGACAAGAAAAUACUGAGCUGGGAAAUAAGUUAAAAGAAUCCAAUGAUGAGUCUAACGAAUUGAAGGCAAAACUUACUGAAGAUGGUUGCUUGUGGAGUUUGUGUAAGGCAGAGUUAGAAGGCACAGUUGCAAGGCUGCAAAAUGAGCUCAAUGAAAUAAGAUUGAAGCAUGAAGAAUUCUACAUUCAACUAAGAGAUGAAAAAAUACUUUUGGAAGAAAAGUUAAAAGAGUUUGAUGAUGAAACUAAGGAAUUGAAGACAACAAUGACUGAAAAUAGGUGCUUGUGGGAUUCAUCUAAGGCAGAGUUGGAAAGCACAAUUGCAGAGCUGCAAAAUGAGCUCAAUGAAACAAGACUGAAACAUGAUACAUACUACAUUCAUCUAAGAGAUGAAAAAGAACACUUGGAAGAAAAGUUGAAAGGGUACGAGUAUCAGAAUAAAGAAUUGCAUGUAAAAAUGAUUGAAAAUGCCUCUGUCUGGAAUACUUGUAAGGCCAAUUUGGAAAAAGCAAUUGUAGAGCUGCAAAAUGAGCUUAAUGAAUCAAGAAUUUUGUCUCAGAAGAACCAAGUAUCUUGCAAUGAAAUAAGUAAAGAAAAAAAUGAAUUGGAAAAUAAGCUGAUAGAAUCAAUUAAUGAGACUAAAGAAUUGAAGGAAAACCUGGCUGAAGAUGGAUGCUUAUGGGAGAUUUGUAAGGAAGAAUUUGAAGACAAAGUUGCAAAAUCAGAGAAUGAGGUCGAGGAAGCAAGAAUGUUUAGCAAGAAACAUGAAAAAUUGUGGUCUCAGUCAAGAGAAGAAAACAAUGAGUUUGAAAAUAAGGUGAAGCAAUGCAAUGAUAUGAUUGAGGAAUUACAAGGAAAGAUAAACGAAGAUAGAUCUUUAUGGGAUGCUUGUAAGGCAGAUAUACAAGUAGAAAUUGUAGAGCUACAAGAUGAGCUUGAUUCUGCAGUUAAUGAAAGAGAAGUCUUGAAGCAGAGAUAUGAGGAAUUGUGCGCCAAACACAGAAAUGAUAAAAAUGAGCUGAGAAAAUGCGAUGAAGGGGUUAAGAAAUUAAAAGCAAAGAUGGUUGAGGAUCAGAGAUUGUGGGAUUCUUGUAGGGUGAAUUUAGAAGGAAAAAUUUCUGAGUUGCAAAAUGAGAUUGACGGUAUCAAGAAACUGAAUGCAAAGAUGACUGAAGAUAAGCAGCUGUGGGAUUCUUGUAAGACAAAGUUGGAAUGCAUGGUUUCAGGGCUACAAAAUGAGCUCAAUGCAACAAGAGUAUUGAGCCAAGGACAUGAAGAACUGUGCACAAAGCUAGGACAGGAAAAAAAUGAUUUGGAAGACAAGUUGAAAGAGUUAAAUGAUAUAAAUAAGGAAUUACAAAAUAAAAUGAUUGAAGAUGGACUUUUGUUUGAUGCGUGUAAGGUAGAGUUGAAAGGAAGAGAUGCAAAGCUCAAUGCAACAAGACAGAAACUUAAAGAAUUUUUCAUUAAUCUAAGAGCUGAAAAGAAACACUUGGAAGAAAAGUUGAAAGGUUUGGAUUAUAAGAAAAGAGAAUUGCAAAAUGAGCUUGAUAACAAAACAAUUUUUUUGUGCCAGAAUCAUGAAAAAGAGUGCACAGUAUUGAGAGAACAAAAGAGUGGCUUGCAGAAAAAGUUGAAAGAAUGCAAUGAUAGGAUCAAGGAAUUAAAUGCAAAAUUGGGCUUGUGGAGUACUUGUAAGGAAAAUUUGCAAGGCAAAUUUGCAGGUCUGCUGUACGAAAAAAGGAUAAUGAGUCAGGAACAUGAUGAAUUGUGCAACCAUUUAACAGAUGAAAAACAUAUGCUGGAACAUAAGUUAAGUGAAUGCAAUGAUAGGAAUUACAAAUUGCAUGCACAGACAAAUGAAUGCAACAAUAAGAAAACUGGUAAGGCAGAUUUUAACAUCUCUGUCAAAAUCUCAGUUAGAAACUCGAAGAACUGA